CUGUAACCACGAGAAGAUGGGAGAUGUUUUUGGUUGUAUAGGAGUUUCUAAUGACACGACCACGAGGUGGUCCGGGGGAUAAAUAAAAUGAUUGGCGUGAUAGUUGAAGGGAAGAUUAACCAGAAACGUGAAACACAAAGGGCGGUGUUUUUGUAGUGAGUUAGAUCUCUUGCUUGAGUUUUAGUUUCCGUUGUUUCUACAAGUUGAAAAAUAACUCCUUCGAAUGACGUUUACUUCAAUGACUACAUUGUAAUUCUUUAGUACGUAUUUGUACGAUGAUAUCCACUGAUUCCACGGUCUUCCUUGAACAUGUUGGUAAGCCCAUAGAUAUCUCAAGAUACUAUGUCGUAAAUAUUACGUAAUGACGUAAUCAUUUCAAGAGCACUGGAAACACAUCCACGUAAGUCUUAUAUCUUCACCAUGACGUCAGCUUUCGAUACGAUGUCCUAUUAUAGACGACUCUCAAGCUACAGAGCUAUCGUAGAGAGCAAUGUGACAGGAUACUGUAUCUGGCUGGCGCAACUCGGAUUCCUCUACACUGGACAAAACUUGGAACUACAGUGCGAAGGUUGCAGUGUUCUGGUUCAAAUCCACGCAGACUGGUCUGUGACAAGGUCAAGGCUAAGACACAAGGGUGGGUGUGUUUUCGACAUUUCCUUAAAAAGUUUUCUUGACGAUGGAAACAGAUUAACUCGGGGGUCUUCCCAAGACGAUAGCUACUUGACGUCAGAAGCUUCCGGUGACAGUACCUCAGAGGUUUCAAACUACUCAGCCAAUCCACAAAUGGGGGUAAAUCAGAUCGAGUCCUCAAACGAGGCCAUAGCCACCUGUCCAUCUACUACCAGUAGCGAGCUAUCAAGGGAUAUAGCAGCAGUGUCUAAAAAAGAUGAGCAAUGCUGUCUGUCCGACACCUCUUCAUCAGGACACACAUUUACAGACCGCUCACCACAAUAUAGGCUAGAUGAUCGAUCUACACUUUCCGCAUCACCUGUGUCAGCAUUGGUAAAGUCAGACUUAGCCACAGAAUAUAUAGAAUUUCCAGAGUUAUUUCGUUCGGAAUGUUGUGUUUUAAAAUCUUCAGAAGAUAUAAAUAAUUUCACUUCGAUUAGUCGAGAUUGUGACAAAAAUCCUGGCCACUUCGCAUAUUUCAAUGUCUCAACAUUACAAUUACAACACAUUCCAAGUAGAUUCCGUUGCCCUGAAAUGUUAAGGCUGUUAAAACUUAUGGGAGAACUAACAGCAAGGCUCACUGUGUGCUCAACAAGUAAAGAAAAGAGGCAGACAGACGUUGGACAUCAUAAGGUAAGAGUCGGAACAGGUUUUGUUAUCGAACACAAAUGUCAAAUGACAAUGUCAUCGCAGAAAGAGCAGAAGUCUAAACUCAGGUCUAUAAAGGAAAGAUUUACUAAAGGAUGUAAGAAAAGUGUUGGGACUGUCUACAUUCAGACAUCCAGACAUCUCGUCUACAACGACGAAGAAGCUCGCAAGACAGAUGUCGAGUUUUUCUAUGACAGCGCAGACAGGAAGGACAUUGUUACACUCAAAGGAAAAUAUGUCAGCACGCCUGGAGAUGGUCAAUGUUUGCUAGCCUGUGAAUGCUCAGACCUGGGAUUCAUUCAAAGAGUAAAUCAGUUGCAGACGGAAUUCUUCCAGGCUGCUGAAGCACUUCAUCGGAAGGUCAAGAAAGGAAUGCUGAAAAAGAUGUUCAUGGUUCAUCACCCACACGGCGGUCCUAAAGUUUUGUCUUAUGGAGACUUUGUGAAAGUCAAAUAUAGCUACAACUCAGGAGAGGCCAAUCAACAGCCAACUCUGACGAAACUGAAUCCUCAUGAUGAAGUGGAGCAAGAUGUCAGUCUAUACCGGAAGUCUUUGUUCUAUGCCACUGAUACAUGUCCAGGUUCCAGCGGUUCUCCAAUUUUAACGUUCGUUCCAAUUAUGGACAACGACUCUGUCAAACUGCUGCCUGACAUAUCAAUACAUAAUGGAGUGGAAACAGCCCAUAAGCUGGGAGCUUCCAUUUUAAAGAGCUGUACACAAGAUGACUUCUUGCUAGCCAGAUCAGAUACUGCCAUCGCUGGACAGCUGAAGAUGCUGGAAGAGGAUAGUGAAGAUGAAGACAGCCCCGGGAAUCAGAAGGUCAACUCUCCAGUCUACAAGGUCAUGAGCACUGUUGCUCACCCAGAAUAUGCAUCUUAUCAUGCUAGACUAGAAAGUUUUAAUGGCUGGGGAUAUGGAAAUAUACUGAACCCAGAGACACUUACAACUUCUGGACUCUAUUAUACAGGAGUCUCAGAUUGUGUCCGUUGUUUCCAGUGUGAUAUUGGUCUGAAAUCUUGGAAGCAAGGAGAUGACGUCAUCGCUGAACACAAAAAGCACAGUCCAACUUGUCCAUUCCUUAAGUCGUUGUUCAAGAGUCCUCAGGAAGAUGGUCACAUGACAGAUCCUAGAAUUCAGUCAAGUGAAAGCACAGCUCUGAAGUUACUUAGAGCAGAAAAUAAAACUUUAAAAGAAAAUCUGACCUGUAAAGUUUGUUUCAAGUCUGAAAUCAAAGAUGUCUUCCUACCCUGUGGAGAAUUGUAUGCCUGUAGUGACUGUUCUAAACUUUUAACACACUGUCCUUCUUGCAAGAAACAAAUCCUGGCUACUGUUACUGUCUUUUUGACUUAAUAACUGAGUACCAUUUAGUAAUAGAUGUAUUUAAUAAAUAAACUGAUACUCACAUUAA